GAGGGCCUGCGGGGGGAGCCGCGGCACCGAGUUGGACCGGGGCGAGGGGCUGGGGGUGCGGGCGCCCCCAGCGCCUCCGCGUCCUCGCCGCGAGCCAUGUGCUCCGGCUCGGGCCGGGCGGCGGGGGAGGCUGCGCGCUUUGUGUGAACGGCUGGGAAUGCGGGCGGGAGUGUCGGGGCCGAGCUGGGGGAGUUGUCACAAAGUUCCUGCGGGAGUGGCUGCAGGUGGCGUCGUGGGGGCGUGCAGGGGGCGUCGUGUCCGGGGGUGUUGCUGCCGAUCGGCGAGUCUGGGAACCUGUGGCGUGGACCCCCAGCCUAGCCCUCAGGCGCCAUGUCGGACAGCGACCUGGGCGAAGACGAGGGCCUCCUGUCCCUGGCCGGCAAGAGGAAGCGCCGGGGGAACCUGCCCAAGGAGUCGGUGAAGAUCCUGCGGGACUGGCUCUACCUGCACCGCUACAACGCCUACCCCUCCGAGCAGGAGAAGCUGAGCCUCUCGGGACAGACCAACCUCUCCGUGCUGCAGAUAUGUAACUGGUUCAUCAACGCCCGGCGGCGGCUUCUCCCAGACAUGCUUCGGAAAGAUGGCAAAGACCCCAACCAGUUCACCAUCUCUCGCCGUGGAGGGAAGACCUCCGACGUGGCCCUCCCGCGGGGCAGCAGCCCCUCUGUGCUGGCUGUGUCCGUGCCAGCCCCUGCCAAUGUGCUCUCCUUGUCCGUGUGCUCCGUGCCUCUCCAUUCAGGCCAGGGGGAGAAGCCAGCAGCCCCCUUCCCGCAGGGGGAGCUGGAGCCCCCCAAGUCCCUAGUGGCCCCCGGCAGCACGCUCACCCUGCUGACCAGGGCUGAGGCCGGGAGCCCCACAGGGGGACUGUUCAACACGCCGCCGCCCACGCCCCCAGAGCAGGACAAGGAGGACUUCAGCGGCUUCCAGCUGCUGGUGGAGGUGGCGCUGCAGCGGGCUGCCGAGAUGGAGCUCCAGAAGCAGCAGGGCCCGGCCCCCCCGUUGCUGCACACCCCCAUCCCGCUAGUCUCUGAGAACCCCAAGUAGGCACCUGCAGCAGGGGGCUGGCCUGGGGUGCCGUCUGCUUCCCUUCCACACAGAGGGUUCUCUCUGGAUCACUGCCACACGUCGGGACCAUCUCCUCUGCCCAGAGGGGUUCCGCAGGAGGGCGCCAGCAGGCGUCCCUGCCCUGGGCGGGGCCCUCUCCUCUGCGGACUCCUCCCCGUGGUGAGACCAAGAGACCAGAGACAGGCAUGGUGCUGCUGCUGCUGCUCCAGAGAACCCCUGGAACACACGUGUUCAACCUGGCUUCCUGGGCUGGGCUCCAGGAACCUGCCAGGUUGAGGCCUGGGCUGGGUCCAAGCCGCCCCUGAGCCGUGCUGCUUCUGUCAAACCAGGUGUGGACAUGCCAAGUUCACAGGCGUGAGCAGAGGAGAGGCACCCAGCAGAUGGAACAGAACCGACUCCAGUUGAAUGUUCAGUUCUUCGCUAAGCUGUUUAUCCUUCCUUUUUGCUGUGGUUCGCGUCAGGGGAGUAGGUAGCCCGGGCGUAGGACUUAGAGUGCCUUGGUGAUGGAGUCUUGUGAGCCCGGGGUGACCCAGCACCCUGCCUGGGGGCGCCCUACGAGGAGGGAGUCUUUGCAUUUUCGGGACCAUGUUGAUCUCUGCAGCAGUGGGAAGUUCCAAAUGGUUGACUUGGUUUGGGUUACCAAAAAGAAAUCUUCAGGGUGCCUGUUCUGCUGCAUCAGGCACAGCAGGGGGUGGAGCCACCCCAAGUUAGAGUCCACCAGAAUCGCCCUAAACCUCCCUGGGCACAGAAGGGAGAAGCGUGUUUGAACCAGAGAGGCGUUUGGUGUUUUGUGUUUGUUUUGACUGUGUUUGGGGGUGGGGUGGGGAAAGUAAGCAUAGACUAAGACAGUGAGUUUUUUUCUCUAACAUUCCCCUUCUUUGUUCUUGAACACUCUGCCCUGCAGCCUGAGUUUUGAAUUCCUUUAGGAACGUGGAUUAGGGAGGCUGCGAUGGAAAUCCCCAGCGCCUGCUACUUGGAGAGAAGGGAGCCACCUAGUGGCCAGCUGCGGCCGGGCUCUUUCCUGGGUGGUGGGCCAGCGGGCAGCAGUGCUUGGGCUGCAGCCCGCCGCGGCCUGGGUCUGUUGCACCUUUCUUUAGUGUUGCAGGGCCCCCCACGCGAGCUCCCCUCUUCUGCGCUGUGCCACUGCUGACAGUCUGCAACAGCAGCAGACCCCGUCUUCCAUCAUGGACCCUAAGAAACACUAACUUAGGUUAUUAGCCGAGAUGUUUUUGUUCUGAAGAACGCUGUUCUCUGAAACUCCCGGGUCAGGCACAAGGGGGACUUCAGGAGGUUCCUGGGUGAGCUUGACUGGGACAAAGGCAGCAGCAUGUGUUCUGUCCCCUUUUGGGGUGACCUCCCCCAUGAUGGCCUGGCCCAUCCAUUGCUUCCUGAGUAGAAUCGCUGACUUAAGGAGCAGGAAUUCUGCUCUCUGUUUGGCCUCUCUGACCUCUUCCUCCUGAGCCCUCUGUGUGUGUGCCCCAGGGGGGUCAGGGAUUCUCAUCACCCAGCCGUGUGCGCAAGCCCGGCUUUGGAUGACCCUUGAGGACGCCUGUGGUGGGGGGUGCUGGGCCCCCCCACCCAGGGCUUCCCCUCCCACGGUGCACUGAGUGGUGGAAGGGCAAGGGGGUGGAGCCAUGCUGCUGAAUUCUGGUUGGCAUCCCCCCUUGAAGAUGGGGUGUCUGGGGUGGGGCAGCCCCUGCUUGGGUUUGGUUGCAAGAUAAACCUGGAGGAGAAGCACAGUGGUCCCGUUGAAUUAUUUGAGCAAAGAACUACUGUAAAUAAUUUUUGUUUUUGUCUUUUGUCAAAUAAAGUUGUUUUUGUUUUUGUAAAACAGAAA